AUUCCUUUUUCCAAAGUUUUAUUAGCUACUGAUUAUUUAUACUUACUUUAGUUUAUAUUAGCAUUAAUUGAGUUCAAUUUUCUAUUUAGGUACUAAAUUAUACAUACAUGCAGUAGGGAUGUAUAACAAUGGUGUGCUUGUUGGUAAUUGGGUCGAAGAACGUCUUAAAAAUGAAGAUGACUUCAAAUUCUUUUUGCGGAAACGAGACAGGCGUGAACUUCUGGUACAAAAAGCGAGGACUUUGUAUAGCAAUUUGCUGAAAGAGAGGCCACUAGCCAUCAGUGGAAAUUAUGCAAUGUUUGGAUAUAAUGUCCAAUUAGUUGCUCCGGAUAUACCAGUCAAAGGUGCAGGCGGCGUGCAGAACUACGGGCUGGCUCUGUCCAGCCAAGUCGGCGCAAGAGAAGUGGACUGUGAACAGAACAUACACGACGGCUGCCUUAUGACGCUCAGCCCGCUCAUGACGCCAUGUUGUCGGAACACCUUCGUUAUACUCAGCAUUGAAGACGAAUCCAUACGUGGCAAGAAAGUUAAUUACGGGGACCAAUUUUUUUUGAAGGCAGAAAAUUACGGAGACCCAGAUUUCUGUUAUGCUCAGGCGCCGCCGCUUUACGUCCGGUACCAGAACUCCGUGGUGCCGGAGCCGUCAAACCGGAUCCCCAUCCGACUCAGCGCCAAGCGGGACACCAACUGCCGCUGGACCACCGUGCCGUUGCUGCCGUGCGACCGCCUUGAAGGCAUAGGCAAACCUAUUGAGACUGGCAAAAAGCUUAUCAUAAAGAAUUGCGUUGCUGAUAAGAGUUUGAGCGUCAUGUAUCAAAACUGGAUGCAAACGUUCUUUGGCAUGGAGUGCGGUGUGACGUGCCGGGACUUCGUCGACGUGCACAAACGGUCCACGGCCGAAAACAUAUUCUCGCUAGUGAGCGACGUUGCGACCAAGAAGAAGGAAUAGGUGUCAAUGUUCAUUUGGAUCCGUUACUUUUAUAUACCUACUUUUAAUAAACGCUUUUGGAA